CUCAUAUUUACUGCAGGAGAAAUGGGGGAGGUGCGGCGUCGCUAACAUGCUGAACAGAGAAGAGUUGGUGUGUGAACGUGUGUAUUCAUGGCUUGGGAGUUCUGUGUGCUAAAAUAUUAAUCACCAAAAGAUACCAAAAAUUUAGAGGCCAGUGAGAUUCAAAUAGAAGUUGUUCUCUAAGCAGAUCACGGCUGACAGGCACACACACAAACACACUAACUCUGGCCCUUCCUUUGCCCCACCUCCUGCCUCCCUUUUCUCCUUCUCUCCUCCUCCCUCCCCCUUCCUCCCUCCCUCCCUUCUCUCGCUCUCUUUCUCCACCCCCCUUCGUGGGUGCGGGACUGAAGCAGUUGGUUCGCUCCUCUCUGCCUAGGACUCAGUGAGUGCUAUGUGGAGCUCUUAUUUAGGUCGGUUACAGAAGACUAAGAGCAGCUUGCCCAAGGGCAUCCGGUGAACUAAGAGUGCGAUAGAGUUAGAGAGAAAGAGAGAGAGAGUGAGUUCCAGCAAGCCAGGAACUAGCUCCACAUUCCACCCCAGAGAAAGGCAGGCAAGCAGCACUAAGCAGCACUAAGACUACAGUGGAAGAAAGCAACAACAGGCGCAGAUCCUGAGCAGAGGAAUUCCAGCCUGGGUUUUGUUGUUUGUCCAGUGUGGUUUGUUGUCUUCUUGUUGUUUUGAGCUAGGAAGCAGCUGUUAAACUUAGAGUCUUUGGGUAGGGGACAGGGAUAGGCAGUAUGUUCGACUGUAUGGAGCCUCUGGGGAUGGGACCCCGGCAGCUCUACGAUGUCACUAACCGUGCGUGUAUGCUGAGGAAGGCGAGCCCCUACUUUACAGGGCUGGAUCACUUCGCCUGGACGGGGACUACAGCCGUUCAGUCUGUGGAGACUCAGAGCACCAGUUCAGAGGAGAUGGUACCCAGUUCACCCUCUCCACCCCCGCCACCUCGUGUCUACAAGCCAUGCUUCGUGUGCCAGGAUAAGUCGUCGGGCUACCACUACGGCGUCAGCUCCUGUGAGGGCUGCAAGGGCUUCUUUCGCCGCAGCAUCCAAAAGAACAUGGUGUACACCUGCCACCGCGACAAGAACUGCCAGAUCAACAAGAUCACACGCAACCGCUGCCAGUACUGCCGCCUGCAGAAGUGCUUUGAGGUCGGCAUGUCCAAGGAAGCUGUGCGGAAUGACCGAAACAAGAAGAAGAAGGACGUGAAGGAGGAAAUUUUGCCGGUUGAGAGCUACGAGCUGAGUGGUGAACUGGAGGAAUUGGUGAACAAAGUGAGCAAAGCACACCAAGAGACCUGCCCUUCAUUGUGCCAGCUGGGAAAAUACACCACAAACUCCAGCUCAGAUCACCGUGUUCAGUUGGAUCUUGGAUUGUGGGAUAAGUUCAGUGAACUUUCCACCAAGUGCAUUAUCAAGAUCGUGGAGUUUGCCAAGCGCCUCCCUGGCUUCACAUCCCUCACCAUUGCUGACCAGAUCACCCUGCUCAAAUCAGCCUGCCUGGACAUUCUGAUGCUGCGGAUCUGCACACGCUACACACCGGAGCAGGAUACAAUGACUUUCUCAGAUGGACUCACUCUAAACCGCACUCAGAUGCACAAUGCAGGCUUCGGUCCACUAACUGAUCUGGUCUUUGCCUUUGCUGGGCAACUUUUACCGCUGGAGAUGGACGACACCGAAACAGGACUCCUCAGUGCCAUCUGUCUGAUCUGUGGAGACCGUAUGGACCUAGAAGAGCCCCAGCGUGUAGAUCGUCUACAGGAGCCCUUGCUGGAGGCACUGAAAAUCUACGCCCGCCGCCGCCGGCCCAACAAACCCCACAUGUUCCCCCGGAUGCUGAUGAAGAUCACAGAUCUGCGUGGCAUCAGCACCAAAGGAGCAGAAAGGGCGGUCACAUUGAAGAUGGAGAUCCCGGGCCCAAUGCCACCUCUGAUCCGGGAAAUGUUGGAGAAUCCGGAGGCGUUUGAAGAGCAGCCGGAGUGCAGCGAGAGCAAAGCCGAACCAGCUCCUCCUCCUCCCCCUCCCCCUCCUCCUCCAACAGUUCCCCCGUUUACCAUGAAGACAGAGCGCGAGGAUGAGGAAGAGAGCUGGGCCACUGAGAACGGAAGUGAGCCAUCACCGGAGGAAGAAGAUGACGAAGAUGAAGAUGCCGAGGAGGACAGGGGAACGGACAGUGACGGAGAGGCCUGGCCUGGUCAGGAACCUAAUGUGGACAUGUCCAGAAAGAGCCAUGGUGGAAGGGCCCAAUGAGCAGGCUUCUUCUCUGUAAACACACACCCACACCUCAUACAAACAUUUUGACCCCCUCUUUCCCUUCAGUUACCCUGCUCUCACAGCAAUCUGCCCCUGUAGGGGUAAACACAGAGCCUUAUAUCCGUACAGCCAACCCUAACUCAGGCCUCAUGGUCAGCAAUGAGACACACAUGCACGAUGUGUGUGAAGACUUGAGAUGGAUGGCUCUUCUCAGGAACUCUGCAAAGAGGGAAGACGCAAGACAAAACAAACGACUGUACAGACAAAGCAGUUACUUUUUUUUAUACUAUCGUGUUUGUAUUAAAGAUAAAGGAGCAGCCAUACAGAAAGACACAACAUAAAACAGUCAACGGGUUCAACAACAACAAAAAAAAAAACUGCAAGGUGAAAAACAAACAAACAUAAGAAAAUCAGUUAAUAACUUUUUUUGGAUGCAUUUGAAUACCGUUUUGACUUUUUUCAGCCUCUUUUACUUUUUAUGAAUAUGCCCAUACAUAUCUAUAUACCUUUAUAUUUUUGUCUUUGUAUAAUAUUUCUUCAGUUAUACAUUAUUUGGAUAGCUUUCCUAAGGAGAGACGGAGAUGAUCGAAUACUUAUAACUGGCAGACGUCUACUGAGUCUCUACCCAGAUGUUCGGCUGGGUUCUCAAGCACUUGGCUCAUUGUAGACGUCGACGCUAAUCAGUUCGCUAGGUCGUCUCUUCCUUGACUCCUGCUAGUUGAUCGGCGAUUUAACGACUGGGAUUACUGAUACGAGUUCUGGUUGCUUAAGCUGCAGUACCUUCCUGCCAACCGAAUGGUGUUUCUUGUGCCAAAGCAUGCAGUUAAUAAUGUCAGCUUUCAGUGACAAACUCUAAAGAGUACACUCGGUUCAUACGUAAGACAGGCUUUAUAUGAUAAACGUUCAGAAUGAUCACCUCCUUAAUGUUCUUUUGAGACAUGGAUUCCAGAAGAAUGCUUCACUAAGAUUUUCAUACACACACGAAAAUACCCACAUCUUAUAUAACCGCGUUAUCCCCACACAUCGAAUGCACAUCCAGCAUGCCGACAGAACUCUUUCUAUAUAUAAAAAAUAAAACGGAAACUCCGACUCAGGGCAUUUCGGUGAGGACCAAACGCUAGCUGCCUGCAGGCAUACUGCAAAAACAGCAAUAUUUAUGUGUGUGUAGUAUUGAAUAUGUUUGCUCAGAUUAGAUGUCCUACUUGGAAGUGGUGACAUCUACAGACCUUAGUAAAGCCAUUGUAAAACUUUUAUAUGCUCUCUUUUAUUAUAGAAAUGGUCGUCAUUUUUUUUUGUAACAUACUGCCAAAAAAACAACAACAAACAAACAAACAAACA